CAGGCAGGCGGGCGGGCGGCUGAGCCCGGGGACAGAGCGGCGGGGCUGGGCCGGGCCACCCGGAGCCCCCCUGGGACGCGCGCCUAGGGCGCAUAGGCACCGACCUCCCCACGGCCAGUCGGAGCCCCCACCAUGACCGAAAACUCCACGUCGGCCCCCGCGGCCAAGCCCAAGCGGGCCAAGGCUUCCAAGAAGUCCACGGAGCACCCCAAGUAUUCGGACAUGAUCGUGGCCGCCAUCCAGGCCGAGAAGAACCGCGGGGGCUCCUCGCGCCAGUCCAUCCAGAAAUACAUCAAGAACCACUACAAGGUCGGGGAGAACGCAGACUCGCAGAUCAAACUGGCCAUCAAGCGCCUGGUCACUACCGGUGUCCUCAAGCAGACCAAAGGGGUCGGGGCCUCGGGGUCUUUCCGCCUGGCCAAGAGCGACGAGCCCAAGAGGUCGGUGGCCUUCAAGAAGACCAAGAAGGAAGUCAAGAAGGCGGCCGCGCCGAAGAAAGCCACCCCCAGACCCAAGAAGGCGUCCUCCAAAAGCCCGAGCAGGAAACCCAAAGCGACUCCAAUCAAGAAAGCCAAGAAGAAGCCGGCCAGCGCUGCUGCGGCGCCCAAGAAAGCCAAAAAGCCCAAAGCGGUCAAGGCCAAGCCGGUCAGGGCGGCCAAGGCCAAGAAGGCCAAGCCGGUGAAGCCCAAAGCCAAGUCCAGUGCCAAGAGGGUCGGCAAGAAGAAGUGACAGCCCUGUCGCUGCCAGUGGACCCUCCUCCCCACCUCUUGUAAAUACUCCCUUCUCUCUUACUCUCUCCUGCCCCCCUCAACCCUGUACCCCCCUUUCUAUUCUGACUUCAUCAAAGACAGCACUGAGAGUCCUUCCUUUCUCCUUAGCUGGUUGUGAAUAACAAGGAGUCUGAGUCUGGAUUUGUUAUGGAUCCAACUGGUUUUUGGGGGGUGGCAGGGGUGGGUGGCUUUGUGGGGUUUUGUUUUCAGCCAGGGAGGUAGGUACAGGGGUUGCUACAGGAGGGAGAGUCCCCGGGAGCUGGGGCUCUCAGGGGAGCGCCGCACUGGGAGAGUUUGGGAACCUUUGGCCGGGAGCCAGAGCCGAGGCAGCAGUGCAAAACCCAGGAAGGACGUGCAAAACUCCCUCUGCCUCCUGCCUGGCUGCCUCCCCGAGCAGAGCAGCUUGGGGUCCCACGCCGCACUUCCCUCCCCUUGCCUUAGCCGCCCUCCCAGUGUCUUAGGGAAGGGGAGGGGUAGACCAGGGGCAGCUGGCACUCACCCUGGGGGGAGGGGGCUGUCUUUGUGGCUUGGGGCCAGUGGAAACUUUGGGGGAAGGGUAGGGAGUCCGCCCGCCCAGUGCCUCAGUGAGCCCUGGGGGACUUGGAUUUUUCCACGUAGUUUGUAGAUUGUGUCCUGGGAGGACUUUUGCUUUUCCUUGUCCCCCCACCCCCCCGCCCCACACUCUAUAAAAGGUGGCUUUGCUUAAGUGUUCUGGCCAGGUCUUUUCACUUCCCGAAGUCUUGUAGGUUGCGGUGGAGAGGGGUGAGGGAGGGGAGUCCCCAGGAGACCUGUCGCCUGUGACUUUGUUUCCCGUUGUCCCGCAGAGCUAGGGGUGUGUGUGUGUGUGUGUGUGUGUGUGUGUGUGUGUGUGUGUGUGUGUGUACAUGGCUAGACUUUGUCGUGCACAUCAGGAGCUGGGAGAAAAAAAAUUUGUACAGACGUCUUUCCCUUAUUUUAAUAAAAUAGGAAGAUCGCACAGUUGCGCGUUUCCCCCUCUUCCAACCCUACCCCCCCCUUUUUUGUUGUUGGAACAAGUGUUAUUUAUGCCCGGAAUAUUUUGCUGUCUUUGUAAUUUUAAAACUUUAAAAUAAAAUUGAGAAAGCAUAAAA